AUGGAUGUAAUGCUAUCCACUUUCCUUGAGACUGAAAUCGAAUCGGGUUGCAACCGUGACACUAUCAUCAAGGCAACGCUACUAAUUCUUUUUUUGACUGGCACAGAAAGCACAGCCGAGACGCUGAUAUGGGCACUCUCUUUGUUAGUAAACAACCCACAAGCUUUAGAAAUUGCCCAGAAAGAAUUGGAUAUCCAUGUAGGAAGAGACAGAUUAGUCAAAGAAACAGAUAUCGAGAACUUAAAUUAUUUACAAGCCAUUGUCAAGGAAACCCUACGUUUGUACCCACCAGGUCCACUGGCUGGGCCACAUGAGGCCAUGGAAGACUGUUAUGUUGGCAAGUAUUGUGUCCCGAAAGGUACUCGACUAGUUGUUAACUUGUGGAAGCUACAUAGGGACCCGAAAGUAUGGUCCAAUCCAAAUGAGUUUCGACCCGAAAGAUUUAUUGAGGAACAUAACAACGUUAGUUUUCGGGGACAGAAUUUUGAGUACAUUCCAUUCAGUUCAGGUCGAAGAAUGUGCCCAGCAGUGAACUUCGGGAUGCAAGUAGUUCAUUUUGCGCUGGCUCGUUUGCUUCAAGGAUUUUGUGUAUCAGCACCAAUGAAUAUGCCUGUAGACAUGUGUGAAGGUCCCGGCAUAGCUUUGCCCAAGGUGAAACCUCUCGAUGUUCUUCUCACCCCUAGACUUCCUGCAAAGCUCUAUGAAAGUAUCUAGAUCAUAUUUUUACUAUCGAGCUACGUAUCUUUAAUAUCUUGUGGAUGAAAGUGUGUUACAUUUAGUGAUUUGAUAGAAAAUGUGCUUAUAUUUUACAAUCUAAUUAUAGAAUGUCACGUGACAUUAUGUCAAAUAUUGUAUCAAUCAUUAUGUCAUUAUACCGUGAUUCUCAAUAAAAUCACAUACAAAUAAUUUAUAGUAGAUUCAUGAAAAGUAUCAAAAUCAAUAACAUUUCCU